AAGAGUAAUGAACAUGUGGAAGAAGCUUAUCAAUUGUUGGAUGAAAUGAUUUCACGAGGAGUUAAACUAGAUACUUGGAGCUAUAAUGCAAUACAAGCUUACCAUUGUGAUCCUUGUGAAUAUUUUGAAAUGAUGAUUGAUGAAGGAAUACCACCAUAUGUUACUACUGUUGAGCUACUAAGGAAUCAACUCUUGGGUUUAGGGCUAUUAGAUCACAUUGAAAUGCUGGUUGAUAAAAUGAGGCAGAGCACUUCCUAUGCAACUCAAGAAUUGGCAAAUAUUAUGAUUGGUGAUCAAACAACUCAUAAUACUUUGAGACAUGAUCAGAUGGACAUAAAAAGUGAUUGA